CAAGAAUCUAGUGAUAAGUUGAUAAGAAGCAAUGCAACCAAAAAAUCUUGCAAAUUCCUUUGCGGAGAUAACUUUUAAGAAAUUUAAUUCUCUUCCAAAAACAGGCAAACCAACCAAAUCAGAAUGGACAGUUUUAUCUUCCAUAAUUCAAGUUGACAACAGCCAAAAUGGUGAAACAAAAGUUGUUGCCCUCGGAUGUGGGACAAAAUGUAUAGGCAAAUCAAAACUAUGUCCAUUCGGUUUGAUAUUAAAUGAUUCCCAUGCCGAAGUAUUGGCUAGGAGGGGUUUCCUACGAUAUAUUUACCAUCAACUGAAAAGUAGGAAUGAUUUGAUUACUUAUGAUGAAACAAAAUACGUUUUUCGAAUAAAAGGUUCGAUAAGCUUUCAUUUCUUUACCACACAAGUUCCUUGUGGAGAUGCUUGUAUAGCUUCUGAACCAAUAGAGAACUGUAAUGAGAUUCCCAAUAAGCGCAUAAAGUUAGAUGACAAUAAAUCCAAUGCUGGAGAUGUAUUGAAUUCAUCUAAAGUAUUCACUGGAGCAAAGCUUAUCGGGAAUCAUGAAUCUGAUCCAAUGAAUCAAGUUCAAGGUUCACUUAGGACUAAACCAGGUCGUGGAGAUCGUACUCUAUCGAUGUCAUGUAGUGACAAACUCUCCAAGUGGAAUAUUUUAGGUGUUCAGGGUGCUUUAUUGGACAUGAUUCUAGAAAAACCAAUUUAUUUGGAAUCAUUGAAUUUCUCUUGCCAAUUCGAUAUGAAUUCUAUGCAAAGAGCUAUCUAUGGACGAUGGAAAGAAAGAGAGUUCAAAAGUAAUAGAUUUAUUGCUCAAGAACCUCAAAUUCACUUUUCAGAAAAGUGUAGUUUUGAGUUUUCUCAAGAUCCGAAGAAAAAUGCAUCUCCAAAUGGUUUAGUUUGGUGCGAUGUCCCAGAAGACAAUGGGCCAUACGAGAUCUCAGUCAAUGGCAAAAAGCAAGGAAUCACUAAGAAGCUACUUCAAACAAAAAAGGCAUCCCUUAAAAUUAGCAAACUUCAAUUACUUGAAGAGUUUUGCGAGUUUGUGAAAAGCCAUUCAGAACUUAAGACAAAAUUUAUUCUCGGAGAGGAUGAUUUGGAAAGCAAGACUUAUCGUGAACUCAAAGAAAUGUCCCAAGAGUAUCAAGACUCUUGGAAAGUUCUGAAAGAAUCGUACUUCCAACAAUGGACAAAAAGGCCAGAUAACAUAUUAGACUUUAAUCUCUUAUCCUGCAAUAAAAAUAGUUGACAAUUUUACAUACAAAAAAGUUUGAUUUGUAGAGAGAAAGAGAUGGAUUGUUAGAUUGUGACUGAAAAAUCUCCGAUCAUAAGUCACCAACACCAAAAACUACAAGAAA